AUGGCCCUGGGAGACGACUCUCCGGCAUCCUACAUCCGCAUGGUGCACCAUCUGAUAGAGAAGUGCAUGACGUUCGGGAUGAGCAUGGAGGAGUGCAUGGAGGCGCUGUCCAAGCGCGCCGACGUUCAGCCGGUCGUCACCUCCACAGUGUGGAAAGAGUUGGAGAAGGAGAACAAGGAGUUCUUCGACAGAUACAACAAGCAGUUGAGAUCAGAAAAGGAAGGCCGAAGCAGCAGCAGCAGCAGCGACAGCAGCUCCUAA